UUUCGCCGGGCUCUUCCGGGCAUGAAUGUGAGUGGCUGUCAAAGCCAAACAGCAGCUAUUUUGUAGCUUUUCCCCCCAACAUUCCUCCAUAAAACAGAUGAUAUGUCGCCUCUGAAUGCUGUUCGUUAAUAUUUUACAAUAGUUGAGUCGUCAUUCCUAUAUAUCAUGCUAACGUUAACUCCUUAACAACUUGUGAGCAGACUGAAGUUGACAGAGGAGUUCAGAUGGGACGGUGACACUGGUGAUGGGUUCUGUUCGCUGGGCUUUUCGCUGCGGGUCGUGGGCUCCAGGGAGGUCCGAUUGGCUGUUCGCUGCUCGAUGCAUUCAGCCGGAAGAGAAGGAAAGAAUCGGAGAGUUUGUGUUUGCCAAGGAUGCCAAAUCAGCCAUGGCUGGCAGGUUAUUGCUGAGGAGGUUUAUUUGUGAGAAGAUGGGGAUCCCCUGGUCCGACAUCAGACUGGAGCGAUCUCCCAGAGGGAAACCAUACCUGGCAGCACCACUGAGGGUCAGUUCAGAUUCAGGUUCUCACCCUCAAUCCUGGAGUUUCAACGUCUCCCAUCAGGGGGACUUUGCUGUUCUCGCAGCAGAGCAGGGGAUGCAGGUUGGUGUGGAUAUAAUGAAGACCACAAUGCCAGGUAGCAGCUCUGUGCCUGAGUUUUUCCGCAUCAUGACUCGUCAGUUUACAGACUAUGAGUGGAGCUUCAUCCAAUCAGCCGGCUCAGAGCACCAGCAGCUUGCUGCGUUCUACCGCCACUGGACCCUGAAGGAGAGCUUCAUCAAAGCUAUUGGCACAGGGCUGGGCUUCAACCUGCAGCGGAUAGAGUUCCACCUACCUUCUGAACCGGUCACGCAGGACCAGGUUCUGCAUCAGACCAAGAUGCAUCUAGAUGGAGAGGAAGAGGAGGACUGGAUAUUUGAAGAAAGCUUGCUGGAUGCCGACCAUCAUGUGGCUGUGGCUCUUGGACGAGACUCUGGGCCUUUCCCUGCAUCACUUCCUCCUCCCUCCACCUUUACGCUGCUAUCGUUCAGUGACCUCACCGCCUCGGCCUCGCCCCUGACAGAGGAAGACCCCUCCUACUGGGAGAGCUUUAGGAUGAAGGCCGGAGCCCCUCAGAGACAGAGAGAUGCACACUCAUCCCAGUGACCGCCUGUCUCACACUGACACAUCCCUGUGUGCACACGAUUCAUGCACACCUGUCAGAUGUGAAGAAAUCUACCAAUACACACACACACACACACAGGGACCAAAGCUAUUUCUUAUUCAACACGAGUCUCGUUCAGAUGCGUUAUUUAUUUAUGAAACCCAAAAUCACAGGCUUGUCUCAGAGGACUUUGGAAACUUUACACCGAAUGACACCUUCUAUCCACCA